CAAUUUUUAUCUCUAUUUUUGGGUUUAUCUCACUACAAAUAAAAAUAUUUUGCGGCUAAAUUGUGAAAUUUAAAUUUCACUUUGGUAACAAUAUUCAGGCACCUGCCAGAGAGACUGAGCAGUUGACGUGUGUUCAAAAUUUCCAGUCGGGUUUUAGAGUCUUGAAAAUGUCAGGCGAGAGUGGAUAUCUUCCCCAGCAUAAAGGUUUUGCAACUGCUGCAAUUCACGCGUUCCAAGAACCGGAACAAUGGGAGUCCUUGGCUGUCGUCACCCCCAUGGUGUCUUCGACGACUUUUAAACAAUACGGGCCUGCUAAUUUCAAGAAAUAUGAAUACGGCCGCUCUGGCAACCCCAGCAGGGAGGUUUUAGAGAAAUGUUUGGCAACCCUCGACAACGGGAAAUAUGGGUUGUGCUGGUCGUCGGGACUGGGGGCCACCACAGGCGUCGCCAGUCUUUUUACAGCCGGGGACCACAUCAUCUGCGGGGAUGAUGUCUAUGGGGGCACUAAUCGGCUUUUCAGACAAGUCUGCUCCAAGUUCGGGCUCGAAAUCACCUUCGUUAACGAAAAAGAGAUCGAAAAAAAUAUUAAACCCAACACGAAGCUGAUCUGGAUCGAGAGUCUCACAAACCCGACUUUGAAAGUCAUGGACAUAAAAGCAACGGCUGAACUGGCCCACAAACACAACGUCUUGCUGGCCGUUGACAGCACCUUCGUGACCCCUUAUUUCCAACAUCCGCUGGAUUUCGGCGCUGACCUCGUCAUACACUCCAUCACCAAGUACAUCAACGGCCAUUCGGACGUCAUCAUGGGGGCCACAAUCACCAACAAUAAGGAGAUUUACGACAAACUGAAAUUCCUACAAAACUCAAUGGGGAUCAUCCCGGCCCCCUUUGACUGCUACCAAGUGACCCGAAGUUUGAAAACCUUGGCUUUGAGGAUGCAACAACACAUGAAAAAUUCCAUUCAAGUGGCCAAGUUUCUUGAGAAACACCCCAAGGUGGCCCGGGUGGUGCAUCCAGGGCUGCCCUCGCACCCCCAACAUGAUAUUUUCAAAAGGCAAUCGUCGGGUUGCAGCGGCAUCAUGUCUUUUUAUCUCAAAAAUGCCACUCUUGAGCAGUCGAGAACGUUUCUCUCUGCGUUAAAAAUUUUCACUCUGGCUGAAAGUUUGGGCGGAUAUGAGAGUUUGGCCGAACUUCCGUCGGUUAUGACUCACGCGUCCGUUCCGGAAGACCAGAGAAAAGUCUUGAAAAUCACCGACGAUUUAAUUCGGUUGUCGGUGGGUCUGGAGGACAUCGAGGACUUGAUAAGUGAUCUCCAACAAGCACUUGAAAAAAUCUGAAUUUAUUAAUAAAUAAAGCCACGAAUUCUUA